AUGUGUUCGACUAGGAACUUUGACGACAACCCGAUCACGACAAUAUCCAACGUCUCCCUGAGCACGCUCCGAUACAUUAUUGUACGCGUCGCCUACACGUGCAAUAUGUCACAAGUGUUCAACUAUAGCGGUCUCUCGGGCUGCAAGAUUACGACGUUUCUCGUCGACCCGGACACGUACACCGUGCUCCUCAAUGUAAACAAGACGGUGCGGCUGCACAACAACGACUUGGCGCCGACGAUCGACGUCUCGGCGACCUGCAAGGCACCAAAUAGCAUCAAACCCGUCAUGCAAGGAGCAUACUCGGCGACGCGGUAG